AUGUGGAUAUUCCCGGUGUCGCCGAUGACAUUGAUGAGGCGACGAUCGAGCGCAUGUUUGGCUCAAUUCAGCCUGAGCAACAAGAGCAACAGCAGCCGUAUCACGACCAUUUCGAUGAUAUAUUUGGAGAGUCCCCGCCGGAGAGUAAUUUUUACUUUCACCCCAAAAAACAAAUUAGAAGAUGAUGGAUGGGAUGAACGAAGCUUAUAUUUUUUUCUUCCUUCUGGAGAGGAUCGGGAUAUUUUCUUCGUCCCAAAUGGGCACGCCGACAUUGCCAUCGAGGAGGCAGAGUUUUUUCUUCUCACCCAUAGUUCUUCCGACGUCAACACUCGUGAAUCCAUUGGUUGCCCCACUAUCAACGUGAAAAACAACAAAGAACCAUUCAAUGGACGACAAAAAAGCAAUACAUACAAUCAAAGCAUACUUCAAACUUUAUCCUUACGAAAGAGGAGCAGCCGAUAUCUUCCUUCGUGCAGCUUGAGUACCUUCUCUGAAGUUGGUCUUGAAUCUGCGAGGAACGUGGCGGAGGUACAUACCGCGUCCAGUUCCAGUGGUCUUUCUGCGGAUGGCCUUCACACUCCAAUUUCCACUUGCGAGCGGUCGGGUAAGCACAGGCUGAGCAGCGGCUCUUCUGGAGGUGGAAGCUGCGGCGACACACCUCACACAGAGAGUGCGUGUCUUGUUCCUCCUCUUACCAAAGCUUCCGGUUCCCUUGCCCAUCGUUGUUGUGUUGCAGAAACCCUAGCAGAUCUAUUUGAGCUCCGCAACUGUACUGGGAGUUCUAGUUUGGCCCUCAACCUCAUCCACUGUCAGGGUGACAGACCUGUAGAGCUCUCCACUAGCUCUUGGAUAAUAAUGGGGGAUGAUUUGGAGCUGAGGAAUUUGGCUGGGUUUGCUUCUUGA